UCUCUCUCUCUCUCUCUCUUUCUUUCUUUCUUUUUCUCAACAUAUUAAGGAAUGACAGCAGAACACUGUGUUGAUUAUUUAUCAUACCAAUGGAGCUGUGAUGACCUGAUUCUUACUUGGCGUCAAAUGAACAAAUAUCAUGUAUCAAAAGAUGAAAAUUUUGAACGUAACAAAUCAAUCAGACUUCAAAAUGCUUUAUGGAGAUCAAUGGCUAAAUCGUGUGUUAAAAAUCUUGGCAAAUACAAUCAGCUCAUUGAUCCCUCCACAGUGUGUUGGCAGAAGGAAUCUGAUAUCACAUGGCUCUAUGGACCAAUGUACACAAAUAGUUGUAAUGAAAUGGAGAAAUUGCAUUACUAUUCUAGUGCUCUCCAAGGACUUAAGCCUGUUUUGAAGAAACAUUGCAACGUAACUCAAAUAGUACCGAAUUGUUCCGAUCCAAUUCUUUCUUAUUUUGACUCAUUUGUGUUGAAUGAUAUUCAUACGCCUAUGUUAUACUCAAGCCGUAGCAGCAGAUUUAGUAGUUUCAGCAGUAUCGCAAGCAGCAGCAGCAACAGUAGUGUCAACCUCAACCAUAAAAGUUCGGUCGGAGUUCAUUUCAAUCCUGAGAUCAUUGAGAUUGAAUAUCAGCCUGAAUACCCUGUAUCAUCUUCUCCACAUCUACAAGACAAAUUAAGGUUCAUGGAAGAUGACGAGGAAGAUGACACAAUUGACCUAUUUUGGACUUUCCUUGUACAAACAGCCUUAUCUAUCAAAUCUUCUGCCAGUGUGCGACUGAAAUUCCUUGCUCGGUUUAUAUUCUACCACAAUCACAAAAGAAAAAGUCAACUACAUUACCACCCCCAUUUGCAUCUCAUUGUCCUACUUGCCUCCAUGUUCAAAUCUGUUGUUUCUCUGACAACCACAUGGUUACUCUAUCAAAGUCUACUACCCAUCUCUUGGAUCUUAAAAAAGUCCAUCUCAUCUCCUGCUGGUCAACAACAAAAAAGAGCAUCUUUCAGUCUGUAAAUAAUCCACUAUCUUGUAAAUUACCAAAUAAAGAAUAAUUCAG